AUGAGUGAUUCAGUUACCAUUAGAACUAGAAAAGUCAUCACCAACCCAUUAUUAUCAAGAAGACAAUUUGUCAUUGACGUUUUACAUCCAGGUAGAGCUAAUGUAUCAAAAGAUGAAUUAAGAGAAAAAUUAUCAGAAAUUUAUAAAGCUGAAAAAGAUGCUGUAUCAGUAUUUGGAUUCAGAACUCAAUACGGUGGUGGAAAAUCAACUGGAUUUGGUUUAAUUUAUCAAUCAGUUGCUGAUGCCAAAAGAUUUGAACCAACUUAUAGAUUAAUUAGAUAUGGAUUAGCUGAAAAAGUUGAAAAAGCUUCAAGACAACAAAGAAAACAAAAGAAAAAUAGAGAAAAGAAAAUCUUUGGUACUCAAAGAAAAGCUCAAAAGAAAGCUGCCAAAAGAAAUGCCGAAUAG